GGUGGCGCUCUCGCGCAGUCUGGCGUUGUUGGCCGACGAGUUCGCGUGUAGGUCGUUGCUUGCCUACGAUUCGAUUCCGUCUCGUUGUACUUGCGGCUGUUUUAACCGCGAUACCAUCGAUCUUCACAGUUCGCAAGGAUCGUUCUAUCAGUGUCGUAACACAGUUUACUAUAUGAUUAACGGCAGGAAGCAAGAGAACUAGUUACGCCGGUCGAUGAGCUCCUGCAACUUGUGCCGUGGAGAUCCUCGCAUACAGCGGUCGUCGGCCGAUGCGAGGGUAAUAAGAUGAGUGGGAAACUUUUCCAUGCGAUUUCUGCUCGAGCGUGAUUCAUAUGGAUGGAGCGAGAGGAAAGAGUUAAGGGAACAAGAAAAUCGUCGUUCCUCUGGUCUAUGGGUUGGGCCCAUCGUCGGAUAGCGUACGUCGACCAGGAUUGAUCUUUCACGUGGCCAAAUAGCGGUAGCGAUCAUCCGGCAGCGAUGCACGGGAGCCGGUUCUCGUAAAACCGAAACUGUGUUCGGCGAAUUGCAGACGACUCGGGACUGGUCGGUAAUCGCUGUCGGCACCGAGGAUGGUGAGGAGCAGCGGCACUGCAAACGCAUACCGGCGAUGCACCAAUUGCACCGACGUCGUUUAUCGCGAUGCCGUUGUCACAGUCUGUAGUACGACCCCUCGCGAAUUACGAUCGAUCGGAAUCGGGUACGGUAGGAACGGCAACGGCACUGGUACCUCUGGCAACACCAGCUACGCUACCAAUUUCGAUCAGGGAGAGGGCACGGCCGAUUAGAGUCGCCUCUUUCUAUAUAACUGCCAAGCAGCACGUGAUUCAUAAAUCGAGAGGACGAGAGCAACGCGCGGGAUGGAUUCGUGCGGGGUCUACUUGUCCCAGCUACGGGCGAUGCUCGUGAGGAAUCUCCUCUUGAAGAAGCGAGAGAAGCGGAAGACUACGGCGGAGAUCUUCCUGCCACUUUGCACCCUAGGCGUCUUGAUCGUGGUCAAGGUCUUGCCACCAAAUCCGAAUUAUCCCGCAAUGACAACGCAGAGGCAGGAAGGUGGUAUAUUCGAGGCGUUCAACAGUUCGAAGAAUCACACUGUAGCCGUUGUUCCUAACUCGACGGAAACUUUGAACUUUUUGAACUCUAUGAACACCCUGUGGUUGUCGAUGUGGGAUUAUCCCGGCAAGCUGCCCUUGAAUUUUAUGGUGUUCGAUACGAAGGACGAUCUGCAAGCGGCGUAUUGGCGGGACCCGUAUAGCGUACCCAUAGCAGUGAUCUUCGAAGACUCCGAACCUAUAUCACAACGUCUCCUCUACGAGAUAAGAACUAAUCCUUCGUACACGAAUCCACCUUCGCCGACUGAAUUGUAUUCCGCUCCAGUUACUUGUAGAAAGGAUACCAGUCACUGGAUGGGUGGCGUAUUGUCGAUAGAGACCGGUGGAUCGUGCCCCGUAAACAAUUACUUACACUCCGGUUUCCUUGCGUUACAAUUGAUAAUGGACAUUACAAAGAUAAGACUGGAUACAGGAAACGCUGACGUAACCGUACCGGAUGUUAAACUCGAGAUGUUUCCAAAGGAAGCUUUUACUGCAGACUGGAUGCUGGCCUUUAGAGUUGUUAUACCUCUCUUUAUGGUUCUGGCUCUUUCGCAAUUCGUCACUUAUCUCCUGAUCCUGAUUGUCGGUGAGAAGGAGAAAAAGAUCAAGGAAGGAAUGAAGAUAAUGGGCCUAAAAGAUUCUAUCUUUUGGUUGUCUUGGUUCAUUAUCUACAGCGUCUUUGUCUUGUUGCUAUCCGCUGUUGCGGUGAUAUUACUUUUUACCCUUCAGAUGUUUCAGCACACACACUUUCUACCGAUAUUCCUUUUAGUAGUGCUCUACAGUUUUUCCAUAAUCAUGUUUGCUUUCAUGAUAACGCCGUUCUUCGACAAGUCACGGACCGCUGGUGUACUAGGCAACUUUGCCGUGACGAUAUUAAGCUUGAUGUACUUUAUCCAAGUUUUUGUGAAAGACUCUAGUUCAAUCUCGUUCUGGGUAGUCUCUCUACUCAGUCCAACGGGCGUUGCUUUGGCAAUGGAUAAGGCACUUGUACUGGAUUUACAAGGAGAGGGGGUUAACUUCGACAAUCUUUGGUCAGGCCCUGGUAUACCGUUUGGAGGGAGUCUCAUCAUGAUGACUUUAGAUAUAUUUCUGUAUGCCUGUUUAGCCUACUAUUUCGACUCCGUCAUACCGAGCGAGUAUGGAAUAAAACGAUCUCCCUGGUUUUGCUUUACGCCUCGAUUUUGGUUUCAGAGAAAAGCUCCACGGUCGUAUUUACAGGUACCGUCGUCGAAUGGCGAGUCGAACUCUUUUAUACCUGGCGAGGAAACCAAUCGCGACAUCGAGCCAGUGGUGCGAGAAAUGAAAGGACGCGAAGCUAUUAGGAUAGUCGGCCUUUAUAAAUCGUAUCACAAAUGUCGCAAGCCAGAAAUCAAAGCUGUAGAUGGAAUCAACCUAACCAUCUACGAGGGACAAAUUACGGCCAUACUCGGGCAUAACGGUGCUGGCAAAACGAGUCUCUUCAACAUACUGACUGGUCUCACUGCACCUACCGCGGGCACUGCCUUGAUUUUCGGUUACGACGUCAGGGAUUCCAACGACAUGCAAAUGAUCAGAAGUAUGACUGGCGUUUGUCCGCAACACGAUAUCCUCUUUGAUCUACUGACACCACGAGAGCAUCUUGAAUUCUUCGCCGCUGUACGAGGUAUUCCAAAGGGAAUGAUUGAGCACGAGGUGCAGAAGACAUUGAAAGACAUUGACUUGAACGAGCAAGCGGAUACUUUCGCGAAACAUUUAAGCGGUGGCCAGAAAAGGAAAUUAUCCGUGGGUAUUGCCAUUAUAGGUGAUCCGAAGAUCAUUAUCCUGGACGAACCGACUGCUGGCGUAGAUCCUUACUCCAGGAGACAGAUGUGGUCCUUUUUGCAAUCCAGGCGCCAUGGAAAAGUAAUUUUAUUAACAACACAUUUUAUGGACGAGGCAGACAUAUUAGCAGACAGGAAAGCGGUUAUCAGUAAAGGAAAGUUAAGAUGCUGCGGUAGUUCUUUGUUCUUGAAGAAUAAAUUCGGCAUUGGAUAUCACUUAACAUUGGUACUUGAGGGAAACGCGAGGGAGCAUGCCAUUUCCAGAUUAGUAAGUUCUCAUGUAACAAAGUCGGAGAAAGCGAGACGUCACGGGCGCGAGCUGAGUUUCAUUUUGCCGCACAACUCCGUGGAAAAUUUUGCACCACUUUUCUCAGCCAUAGAACACGAGAUUAGGACUCGAUCGAGUCGGCUGGGGAUUAGCAGUUACGGGGUUUCUAUGACUACAUUGGAAGAAGUGUUUCUACAUCUAGAGAAAGACGAGGGCACCGAGUGCACGAUGGAUAAUUUAUCUAAAAAAAUGGUGCGUAACCGUGCACUAAGCAGGUCAUUGUCGUUGCAAUCCAAAAGCACUUCUUAUCAAAGUUUGCAGAACGAAGGUGUCACUGUUCAAAACGAUGGUCAGGCGAAAGGCGCAGGAGAUUUACCAGAAGGCAUUCAAAAUGAUAGAAACCCUCCUAUUCUCGGCCUCGGAUUAGACCCCAUAAAGAUCCGGCCUAAUUUCCUACAAAUUCUAUACGCUUUGCUCCGCGUAAGGAUACUCAGGCUCUUUAGGAACAUCCAGUUACUGUACUUCACUAUCGUUGCGCCUCUUCUUCUGGUAGUCCUUGGCCUCUAUUUGAAUAGCAUUCAAAUGGUUGAAAUCAAAAUGCAAUCUCUCAGAUUGAACACUGGCACAUACGGCAACGAGACUAAAAUUUUGUACGCGAACAGUACCGAUCACGAUAUCACGGACUUAAUCGAGGGACUCCAUCACGACGUGAAGUAUAUUGACGAAUACUACGGAAGUUUCACAAAUUUAUUGAAAAUAGCACCGCAUAUGGCCGCUUUCAAUAUUAGCGAGUACAAUGAACAGAGGAUCAACUUAACCGUCGCUUAUAACGACACCAUGCAACAUUCCCUACCAAUUCUGAUCAAUCUUUUAUCCAACACCUAUCACAGGUUGACCUCGGACAAAAGUUUUUCGAAACCGAUCGAAGUUAAGACACAUCCCUUUCAGCAAACUUCCCAACCGCAGGAGUUCAAUAUUGGUACAGGUAGCUCUACUGUGUUUAUCGGAAUGCAUUUCGUACUGUUGCCAAUAACUCUAGUUGUAGACAUGGUCUACGAUCGAGAAAUAAAAGCGAAGAAUCAACUUCGCGUGAACGGUCUGUCAUUUUCUAUGUAUUUCCUGACGUACUUCAUUGUACUCGUCGGCCUGAUAAUGUUCAUUUGCUUGUGCAUUCUCGGCAUUAUAUUUCUCUUCGAUGUGCCUUCGCUUCAAGAAAUACCAGCACUUAUCACUCUUGGCGGUCUUCUGAUGCUUUACUGUCCGUCGUCCAUUCUCUUUUCGACAUGUUUGAGUUAUAUCUUUGACAAGAUGGACUCCGCUCUGAGUAUCUUGCCCAAUAUCGCAACUUUCUUCGGACUUUUCCCUUUUAUACUAGUCACGACUCUUGAUAUGCUAGGUCUCAGUGGAACAGCAGCAUUUAUUUUACAUGUAAUCUUUUCUUUGUUGAAUACAUUGUACGUGCCAUAUGCUGCGGUGUAUUAUGUAGAACGAGUCCACCUGAUGUGCUCCAUUAAUGCCGCUUGUCAUCAUCUGACUAUGUCCGAUUAUCUUACCACAGAAAUUAUUUUAAUGGCCUUUGGCGUGCUACUGCAUUGUCCGGUGUGGUUCUUUAUACUUUUGCUGUUGGACAUUAAAAAGAGUGGCGGCAACGUCGGCGAUAUCUUCAAGCACUUCCUGCGUAACGGCGGUUCUAUCGGCGAGGAAAUAAUGGAGAAUUCGGAUAUCGGAGAGCACGAGGACGCAGACGUUAAAGCCGAGAGGCAAAAAGUUUUCAAUCUCAUUACGUCAUCAUCCGUUCAAGAACCACCUGUAGUUCUAGUACAGAACUUGAGAAAAGAAUAUCGACAAAGAGAGUCAGGAUCGUGUAGUUGUUGUCUCAAACAAGAGGAAGAAGCUAAUCAGAUACAACGAAAGGUCGCCGUAAGAAAUCUGUCGUUAGCCGUUGAACCAGGAGAAGUAUUCGGUUUAUUAGGUCAUAACGGCGCUGGUAAAACUACAACAAUGAAGAUCAUCAUAGCAGAAGAAGCGGCCACUCGAGGUAGGGUGCAGAUCGGUGGUCAUAACAUUAAUUCCAAUAUGGCAGAAGCUUUCAGACAGAUGGGAUAUUGCCCUCAACACGAUGCUCAGUGGAAAAAUAUUACGGUUAGAGAACAUUUAGAAUGUUACGCUGCGAUACGUGGCGUACCGUGGGGAGACAUCGGCAGAAUCGUAGACUUAUAUCUUACUGGUUUACAAAUUCAUGAGCACGCCGAUAAGCAGACUCAAGAAUGUUCGGGUGGAACUAGGAGGAAGCUUAGUUUUGCCAUGGCGAUGAUCGGAGGUCCAAAAGUUGUUCUAAUGGAUGAACCUAGUACGGGAAUGGAUCCUAGGUCGAAAAGGUUUUUAUGGGAUACAAUUCUCGCCAGUUUUCAGGGUGGUAGAGGAGCAAUUUUAACGACCCAUUCAAUGGAAGAAGCUGAUGCUUUGUGUUCUAGAGUGGGUAUAAUGGUGAAAGGAGAAUUGAGGUGUAUUGGUUCUACCCAACAUCUGAAAAAUCUCUAUGGUGCUGGCUACACCCUUGAGAUGAAACUCUUAGGCGGCGAUUGUACGCCGACAACACCUUCAGGUGACAGGAUUACGGGUUUGAAAGAAUUUGUUUCCAGUCUCUUUCCAGAUGCAAGUCUGGAAGAAAGCUUCGCUGACAGAUUAGUUUUCGGCGUUCCCCAACACGCAGUCACCUCGCUGGCCGAGUGCUUUAUGCAGUUGGAGAAGGCCAAACUCGAGUUGGAUAUCGAAGAGUACAGCUUCAGCCAAACCACUCUGGAGCAGGUUUUUCUCAAAUUUUCUCACUAUGACGAAACUGACUCGGGAGAAUGAUAACUCGUAAAGAGGAAUGUGUUUGUUCUUAUGUGUUGCAUAGUGAUAUAAUCGUGGAACUGUUCAAGUCGUGCGAAAAGUGUGAUAAAAUGUUCUUCUCUUUGAGAAAAGUGAUUUGUUCUGUAGUGUUCUGACGCGAAUACUAUCCAGAACCGCGAAGACAGGAACGUUCUUUGGAUUCUAAAUAUCGAGAACAUUAUAAUAGUUGCAAACAAGAUUUCACAUUAUCAUUCGAUGCAGACUUUGAAGUUAAGUAUUCCUGUUUUAAUUCUGACGAUCCUGUAAGUGAAAAAUGUCGUAAUACUUACGAUACACAUCGAUCGACCUAAUACAGAAAAAGAAGAAUUAGAUGGUAUACGCUUUUUUUUUAUGCUGAUAUUGUUCCGCGCUGUUAUGUUCAUCAGAGAAUUACAGUGACUUCCUGGUGAGUGAAGUAAAUAAACAGACGUGUAAAAUUGACUUGUAAAUAGUGGAGACUGAACGAUUAAUCCCAUUAUCAACAGAAGCGGUAAUAAUACUAUUCAACGCUCAUCGUUUUGAAAUUGUAUUGUAAUCUAGUCUAUUAUUCGAUUCCUACGAAUAGCUCUCGCAAUUAAUAUUGCUGUGGAAUUGGAACGUUAUUAUUAUCAUUAUAAGUAUAUAAACAUUCGUUGACAGGGAAGAGAAUAAGGAAUCAACGCAUCAAUAUUAAAUUCUUUUUAAACGCAGUGAAUUCAAUGAAUUACCUAUCUACACUGACAUAGUGGAUAACCCUGAAAAGGUUUGUUCAUUUAGCAACAUCUUUAAUCGCUCGUGAUUAUUUCGAACGUUGUUAACAUGAUGACACCGUUGUUUAGAGAAAGACGCCGCUAUAUCAAGAAAGAGCUGCAUAUAUACAAUCGAGUGACUUAAAUUGUGCAUAUAAUGUAGUAUCUAGUAUAUAUUUAUAAAUAUUUCUCCAACUGGCUUGUGGUCUUUAUCAAAGCCUUUUGAAUAACGAGAAAGACACGAUAGGUUGUUAAUCUUGCCUCAAUAGCACGUAAGAUGAUAAUAAUUUGACGUGAGACUUUUCGUAAUGAAAACCAUUGAAGCAUGAUAGAGGAAUUUGAAUUUGAUAAAAGAUAAUAUGUAGACAAAUUUUUAUGGUCCAUGAAAUGAAACUUUAUUGCAACAUACGCGUGUAGAUUUGAUAAUUUAUUCUAGCUAAAUCUAAUCACUAUAAAGUUCUGUGCUAGCAAUAUUUCCAAUAGUGUAUUUACUAAUAAUACGUUCAUUCCUCUUGACAACUCUGAAUUUAUAUUUAUUUAGUUUUUUUUUUGCAAAUAUGGACACAAUUACUCAUCAUCAGAAACAAAAAAUCUAAAACUGACAAAAACAGUCAUUUUCUAUUACGUUAUGCAAGUCUAUGCUUUAAACAGUUUUUAAAUUUGACAAUUUGUAGGUAGGUGUAGGAAGUACUAAAUGUCUCAUCUUAUACAGGUCAGACUGUAAGCAUAACUAAAUUUGGUAUGUGUAAAAGGAUUCAUUAUUGGAAGGGGGUAGUCAUAGGUAUUGAGAAAAAAGUGUAUGUUCUCAAAACUUUUCGUAGGGGAAUGUUUUUGUUUUAGAUGUAAACGUGCAUACGUUCGAUAUCCCGAGGACAGAGUCUCGAAAAAUCGAGCGAAAAAAAAAUAGUAAAAGCACCAUUUGGAGGACUGAAUGAAAUAUUUUGUAGACGAUAGCACAUAGGUAGUAAAAAAUUUAAAUCUCAUCAUAAAGGAUGUAUUGAUUUUUGUAAAUAAAACUCGUUAUAAGAAUUAUUCAUAUUAUAAAUAUAUAUAUGUUAUAUAUAUUAUAUAUAUAUCAUAUAUAUGUAUAUAUACAUAGGAAGUAUGAAAUAAUUUAAAAAAAAAAAAAUAAAUAAAAAAAAUAUGCGCUCCAACACGCGCGCAUUUAUAGGGAUUGUGUACAUACGCACAACUCUCGUUCUAGCUAAUACCAUAUGAUAUAAAAUUUAGUCAAUUAUGGAAUUACACGAAUGAAAACAAAAACUACAGACAAUUUUAUGAGAAUCAUACAUAAAUAUAUAAAUGUGCGUAUAUUUAUAUAUUUAUAUGAAGUAUAAUAUAUACAUAUACGUAUACCAUUUUUUAAAACAAAUGUCACAAUUAAUAAGAUACACAAGGAUAUUAUAAACAUUCCUAAAGACGAGAACCGUUGCUGCAUUAAGAGAUAGGCAUACUUGCAUUCACGCCAAUUAAUUUUCUUUCUUUUUCUUUUUUUAUCUGUAGUUAUACCAUCAUCUAUCUUCUCUACUGAUAUUAAUCGCCACUUUUUGGCUUUACUUUUUACAGCUCGUUCAUACAUGUCGAACUUUCAUAUCGAUCGAUAUAUAUGUAUAUACACAAAUAAAUAUACAGAAAUAUAUAUUAAUAUAUAUAUAUGGAUUUAUAUUUAUGUAUGUAAUUGAAGAGUUUGCAACGCUAAUCAUUUCCAUUUCAAACAUGUCUUGAAUAUAGACUCGAGGAAUCACGCUCAACAAACGAAAUUAAAUUCCGUUACUAAUCUCAUUUUAAAUUUCAACUUCCAUUAAUUGAGACAUAAUUGAGACAAUUGAUAAAAGGCAUAAUUAUCUCUUCUAUUGCAAACCAUUAAUACUCUUUAAAAAAAUAUUGUAACAGUACCAUAUACCAUUAAAUUAAUUUCAAUUACAUUUUGAAAUUUAAGCCUUACUUAUUCUACAGUGAUUUCUAAGGUUGCUAUCGAAAACUUUCUAGUACUUCACGUUUUCUACAUCGUAACUAUGGAGAAGUACAUAGAAAUAUGAUGCUGUAUAACGCUGUCCUAUUAUUUACAGAAUCUACUGAGAUUCCGAGUGUACGUGAAACAUUGUUUCCUUGCGAGAAUGACCAGGUGCACAUAGUCGAAACUUAAGCUUGUAAAUUGAAUGUAAAAUUGAUUACCAAUUGGUAUGUAUGAUUUUAUAGGAGUAAUAUAUACAUAUAUAUGUAUCGAGAUACGAACCAGCAACCAUUGUCGGCCGGUUUUUCGUUUUGUACAUCAACGAUCUCGUUCGUACGAGUGAAAUGAACGGCAAAAACGAGAGUUUAUCCUUUGCACGUACGCACUCAUGCACCCACGCGCGCGCGAUCGGCGCAUCACGACUUUGCGCGUAUAGAUAAGACACGCACUCACACUCAAGGAAAUUAAGAGAGAAAGAGACUCGUAUAAAAUAGAUACAAUUAUUAAAUGCGAUUAUCAUCAUCAAUAAGCUACACGCCGAAUACACCCUGUCAAUGAACGAUUGACUUUGCGGAACUACGUAUUUGUUGUGUAAAGUGAAUGUAAUCAAUUGGUUAACGGAAGCUUUUUCACCAAUAAAAAAAGAUCAGUUAAACAUUUA